AUGGCUAGAUUGAUAGAUAUUCAGAACCCUCUUUAUUUGCAUCCAUCAGACAGUCAGGCUGUUGUAAGCAGCAUUGACAAACUGAUUGGUUCUGGCAAUUAUAGAGAAUGGAGGAGAUCAUUGGAGAUUGUCUUGUCAUCCAAGAGAAAGCUUGGGUUUGUAGAUGGGUCUCUUGAAAGGGAUUCAACAGAUGCUACCAAGGGUGAGCAGUGGGACACAUGCAACAGCAUGGUGGUUGCAUGGAUCCUAGCCUGUGUGUCUGAUUCCAUCAAAAAGUCCAUACUUUUUAUGAACUCGCCCUCUGCAAUUUGGAAACAACUUAAAACCAGAUUCACACAGUCAAGUGGAUCAAGGAAAUACAGAUUGAAUAGGGAUGUGUAUAAACUCAAGCAGAAAGGAAAAUCUGUGAGUGAAUACUACACUUCCCUACAGACACUCAGGGAAGAGAUUGACUCUUUGAACAUCCUCCCAUCAUUGUCGCGUAUGAAUGUUGAAGUCACGGCCUUUGUGAAGGCUUUGAACACACGGAAGGAAGAACAACAUCUAUUCCAAUUCUUGAAUGGAUUGGAUGAGGAUUACAAUGCUCAAAGGAGUCAAAUCCUCAUUAUGGCCACUAUGCCUAGUGUGGAGCAAGCUUGCGGUAUGAUCCAACAAGAAGAGGCUCAAAGAGAUCUUCUGAGGCAUGUCAAGGAAGACUAUGAGGUCACUGCCAUGAUGAGUAGUGAAGGUGGUUGCACUGCAUAUGGUGGAAAAGUUCACAAUGCUGGAAGGUCAAUGGAUACCCCAAGUGGCAUCCACAGUAUAAGAGACAACAACAGAUUAAAGCCAAAGAAGGUGGAAACAAAUGGAUUAAGGGAAAAUCAUUUCAGGGUCAAGGUCAAAAAUUUGCAGCAAAAGCUCAGGGUCAAGGGUUUUCACCACUUACAGCAUAUCAAGUGGAACAAUUACUCAAGUUGUUGCCAUCAAGUUCAGGUACAACUCAGAAAUCCGGCUAUGAGACUGAAGAAGAAAUUGACACUGCAUUUGCAGAUUGUUGACUCGGGUGCAUCUGACCAUAUGACUUCCAGAUUUGAUCAAUUGAUUGACCCUAAUAUUGCUCAAAAUUAUCCCAGAAUUAAGUUGCCAAACGGAAAGACUGCUGAAAUAUCUCAUGUAGGCAGUGUUUGCAUAAACGGCAAAUUAAAACUGAACAAUGUAUUGUUUGUGCCUGAUUUCAAGAAUAAUUUGUUGUCUGUCAGUAAACUGAUACAAAGUGAGAAGUGUAAAGUGAGCUUCCUUCCCGAGUCUUGUGUGAUCCAGGACAGUGUCACAGGGGAGAUAAAAGCAACUGGGAAGGCUCACAAAGGUCUAUAUUUUCUGACGGACCAAGUCCAUGCUAUAUCUGAAUACGUGCUAUGUAUGAUGGUGAGGAGUUUCAUCAGUGGCACCAGUCGGUAUAUCGAAGGUCGUCGGAUAUUGAAGGUUGACGGUGAAGGUCCCCUUGAAGGGUUAGUAUCUUGGGUGGAAUGGAUUAUGAAUCUUAGGGUAAGAGGUGGGUAUGGGAUUCCAUGGGUAUAG